ACGCUAUCUCCCAAUGACCCUGCUAUCCCUUGUCCGCGAUCUUGCCUGAUUGUCAGCGCAGUGAAAUCCGUCGAAACUGUCCUGUGCUGCGUUCAGCUGCUCAUAUCAUCCUUCAAUCCACCUUCAAUCUUUGCCCUUUCUUCUGCAUCCCCAGCACCAUCCUCUUGCGGUGAUGGAGCUUCCUACCCUUCCUGUGCCGGUCUCAGAGUUUGUGACCUAUCUCAACAAGCAACCCAAGUCACAAGCUGGAGUGACUGAGGCGGUGAAACCUUUCAAGGCCUUUGAAAGCAAGUUGAGAGAAGUCUUUGCCCAACAUCCUGAUCAUCCUGCUGCAACCGAUCACCAUCUGGUCCCUGUCUUCGGUAGCGACCCUCUUCAAGUCCGAGCAAGAAAUCUCACACAAGAGCCAGCCGCCGAGAAGGAGAGAUACUUGCUUUCGCUUCCAGAUGAGCUUCGUAGAAAGCAUGACUCUCCCGCCACUGUGCAAUCACUCAAGGAAUUCAAGACAAACUUCAAUGUAUUCUCGGAAUCAUCGCUGAUUGAUCUUGAUUGGAGCAACGUGGUCGUCGCCGGAAGUGCUGUUGUUACAUCUCUCCUGCCUGUGGAUGAGCCUCAUAACGCAUCCAAGAGAGCCCUUCGGACGUACUAUCACGAAGAUCUCGCCCCAGCUUCCGAUGUCGAUAUCUUUCUGUACGGACUGAACGAGGAGGAAGCCAUUGAGAAGAUCAAACAAAUUGAGGCCAGAGUUCGAGACAGUAUCCUCGCCGAGACCACCACUGUCCGCACCAAGAAUGCCAUAACCAUCGUCUCGGAAUACCCAACUCGUCAUGUUCAAAUUGUGCUUCGUCUUUACAAGAGCAUCUCUGAAAUCCUUACCGGUUUUGACGUCGACUGCUCUUGCGUUGCCUAUGACGGCCAACAAGUCUGGGCAUCUCCCCGAGCUCUCGCAGCCUUCAUGACGCAAGUGAACACCAUAGAUCUGACCAGGAGGUCACCUUCUUAUGAAAAUCGACUGUCGAAGUACUCCCACCGUGGAUUUGAAGUGUACUGGCCCGCCAUCGAUCGCGCUCGCAUCGACCCGACUAUCUUUGAAAGAUCGUUCACAAGAGUGCAAGGCCUAGCACGACUCCUUGUCUUGGAAAAGCUUCCACAUCCUAAUGACCGAGACACAUACCUUGCUCAACGCAGAGAGGAAAGAGGUCGCCCACCCGUGCCAUGGCAUGCAAGAUAUCGCCAUGAAUUACCAGGAAAUGUCAAGGAUGCUCAACCCGACGAUAUCGCCGAGUGGGUUGAAGAGGAUGAAGUCUCCAACUACCACACUGUCUGCAUUCCGUACGGACCUCGCUACAACGCCAAAAAGGUCGAGAAACUGCUGUUCACGAAGGACCUGUUGUUCAACGCCGAGUGGAACAGACCCAGAGACCGAGAGACGAAAAUCCACCGCCAUCCCGCCUUUUUCGGAUUUGUCAAUGAUGUUAUCCACGACUGUUGCGGUUUCUGCCCCCCACCAACAACCGAUGAAGACCUUGCAGCCUAUGAAGAAGAGAGCAAGAUCUACAUCUCCGGCGAUAUCUCCUUCCUCAAAGACGACCCAGGCAGACAGGCCAUCGGCAGUUUCAACCCAAUAACCGAUGAAGAUUGGACAGAGAUGGCCUACAUUGGCAAUACCACGAGACUAUGUCAGGCUAUUGUCGAUCAUGACCUGGAAGCCGUGACAGACUGGUUCUCAUCGCCAGAGGUGGUUGACGUCAAUCGGCGCGACCACACAGGUCGAACUCCGUUGCAUUUGGCCACAAUGUGUUCAACGCCAGAAAUUGUCCGGUGCCUCAUUGAGCAUGGUGCUCGUCUUGUGUCAAGGCUGUACCAUGGUAUGACGGCUUUGCAUAUUGCUGCUCACCGAGGAGAAGUGCAUAUGGUCAAAGAUCUUCUUGACAAGAGCGAAGCUAACGAGGAAGAAGAAUCUCUUAAGGAGGCAGCAAGAAAAGAGGCCCGCAGAGCCGCAGCGUCCAAGCCGUUGGCGGAAAAUCAGGAGGGGGACAGCAGCAACAGUGACUCAUUCGACUCUGACGAAGACAUGGACGAGGAUGAAGACGGAGAGAUGACCGAAGGCUCUUUCGUGAAAGUACGCGGAAAAGAGGAAGACCCAGAUGCGAUGGCGGAAGACAAGGAUGAGCCGGAUGUCUUUGACAUCGAUGUCCUUGCGUGGGACAGUCCUCUCUCUCCUCUUCACCUCGCUAUCCUUGCAGGCCACAUCGAUGUUAUCGAUGUCCUGAUUGACCAAUAUGGUGCUGAUGUCCUUUUGCCGGUCAAGAUACGGGAUCCGAGUGAUCGGGAAUCGGCACGCGGUGCCAUUCUCACCAUCGUCUUGGCCCUCCAGCUCCCGCUGCAGCAAGCUAACCAGACCGUUGCUAGUCUUCUUUCACACGGUGCAACAGCUGUGCAGGCCGAUACGAAACACAUCACAGCUCUUCACUAUGCAGUUAACCAUGGGAAGACGUUGAUCUUGGACACAAUCCAGAAUGCAGAUCCAUCUGCAUUUUCAAGAGCUUGCAACUUUGUGUCUGUCUCGGGAUACUACACAAAUCCGUUCGUAAAGACACCGUUACUUACCGCGAUCCGUGGUCGCAAGAUGGAAAUCGUACAGAGCCUGAUCAAAGCGGGUACUCAAACGAGCGUUGAUUUUGAGUCGUUUGCUCAAGCCUACAAGCGCGAUGUGUUCCACCAUGUUCCAAACGAUCCGGAAGAUGUCAAGAAGACUUACCAGCAUUGUGUGGAACAGCCAAUCAUUGUCGCCCUCCACAUGGAGAUGGUAGAUCUGGUUCACCAGCUGGUUGAUCUUGGCGAGGACGUCAACACCCUGCCAACUUCUGCGCAUUCAUAUCUCACUAGCUCCCGUUGGAGAGGCAAUGCCACAGCUGCUAAGUCUCUCCUGGACCUCGUUCGGGAGCGCAUCAAAUCUCUACAAGACUUCCUCCAUCCACCCACGGACGAGAAGCUCGAGAAGCCUAAGUCUUUGGAUGAAGACGACAAGUACCUCAAUUUUGACAGAGGAUCGUACCAAUAUUGGACGGCGCACAAUGAUCUGCGCGAAGCGAGACUUACUCUAGGAUAUCAAAGAAAGAGAUACGAAGAAGAACUUGCGAGUCGGGCAAAGCGUCCGGAGAAACAUAGUCAGCAUAAGGAUACUGCUGUGAUGGACACCAUUUCCAACUUGAUGGAACUGGAGAAAAGGCUCAUUGACAAAGGCGCCAAACCGUUCGCAGAGUUGCACCCGCUCGAGGAGUCGCAAAACGAAACACACCAUCCUUUUGGCUUGUACAAUCCUCGACAGAGGUUCAAGAAUGUGCCCUACGAGACAACGUUUUCAUUCCAGAUUGCUGAUCUGACAUCCGAAAAGAAAGCCAAAUAUGUCCAGCUCUUCGAGGCGGCUUGGGCCGGUGACACAGAAGCCGUGCGCUCACUGUGUUUGACAGGCUCCAAACCUCUCCAAGUCGCAGUCACAGACCUCCGCGGGUUCAGCCCGUUCGCUAUCGCAGCAUUCCGGGGGCACUUCAAUCUGGCCACACUCAUUGUCGAGAUAGCCACGGCCCAGUACCAACCCGACCAAAAUUCGGAACAAUACCAUUACAUUCUGGCAACUGAAGACGAUCAGGACGACGAUAGUGAAUACGGUGAUCACCACGAAGGCGCGGAUGUACUUGACGACGUGAAAGUCCACGCUCAGUUAGUGGAUGAAACUUUCACCGUCGACGAUGUUGUGGCUCUGGCCGAUAACGUCAAAUCAAAAGUCUCACCAGAAACAAUGGUGAACUGGAGCUGCAAGAUUGAUCGUGUUCUUCAAGGACAUGUGGAUGAGAGAGAUGCCAACGAAGCACUUGGGGCAUAUUGUGAGCCGCGUAUCUUCUCAUACGGCCAUCUUUCAGCCCAGUCCUGGUCAUGGUUCCACGAAGCCCUCGGAGAGAUUGGCAACACGCGUCGACACUCUCUCAUACGACUUGCGAUAUUUACCAACGACUUGCGCCUUCUGAAGUUUUUGAUCAAAACGGGUAUCAACCUUGCAGCCCAGAAAGACGACGAAGACAACCUGAAAGUGCCGACCAUCAAUCGACAAGAUUUUGAACUUGCCAUCAGACUUGGCAGAGUCGAGCUGAUGAGUGAGAUCAUUAGGACAACGGGAUUCGGCCUACCAUUGCAAAAGAUGUUCCAGACCUCGGGUGUGAAACUUGAUGAGAAACCAAGAUACUACCAAGGUCUCACUGUACAUGGAAAGAAGCGUCAAGAUUGGGCGGAUGCAAGCCGAAAGGGUGCCCAUCAGAAAAAUGCCGAAUCCGACUUUGGCAUUCCGCUUCUUGCCUCAGCUCUUGAAGGAAACCUUGAAUCUACCGAGUACUUCCUGUCAGACGCCCCCUUCCAUCGUUACCUGGAUUUUGCGGACUCAUUCAAGAACGACAAGCACAUUCGGGGCCUGGCUCAAGCCAAGAGUGGUCUUCAAGGCACCUUGUCGAAUUGGCUGUCCACUCACAACGGCCUUGCCCUCCAUCUUGCGGUACUGUCACCACCCAAGAUGGACGGUACUCAACCAACAUUCGAUUACCUCCUUGAGAAGAUGCCGCAGACUUUGGAGAUGCGUUCGGCCAAUGGAAGCACUCCUCUUCAUCUUGCCUUCCAGACCGGUCGGUAUUAUGCGGCGAAGAAAUUGAUUGCUGCAGGCGCGAAUCAGGCUACCAGAGACGACAAUGGAAGAAACAUCCUGCAUAGCCUCCUGGAUUCUUUUGACUUCAAGAAGCAUGCUUUGCUCCAAUCUGUCCUGGGCAUGCUCGACCAAAAUCUUGUUGGCUCGUUGUUUCUUGAACGCUGUGCUGGGUUCGAGCCCGGAGGACUGACACCCAUCGCCUUGUUCCUUCGUCAUAUCAAUGCUCCGACAGGUUGGGAAGAGAGUCUCGAAAUCAUCCUCUCUUAUUCCCAGGGGAAAGAUCUCGAGAAGAUGGACGGUGCCGGAGACUAUCCACUGCACAAUGUCGUGCGACGCGGGUACAGAAUGGUCGUGGAGUUCCUUGUCGAGUACAGACCAGGCCUGCUUCAUUGGGAGAACUCGACAGGUAUGACUCCACUUGAUGUCGCUCUCGCCAAAUAUCAUCGUCAGCUAUUUGACCACCCUCCCAAGCUUGCGAGCACCAACACCUGGACUGCCGCGGAGGCUCCUGUAAAGGAAUUUGUGAGAAAGACUGCUUCUGAGGGCAUCUCAGAGGCGGAUGAUGUAUCGGAUCGCAGCACUGAGUGGCAGGUGUAUCGUCUGAUUGAGUCUCUGAUGGCCAAAUACCCAGCGAAACGAAAGCUGGUGGGUCUGCACGAUGCGAAUGAAGUCGCCAAGCGUCUGGCAGCGCAGCAGCACAAUAAGAAUGCAGAAAUGCGGCGCCGUGAGAGACUUGGUUUGAAGGCUGGCAAUAGCCACGGAUCUCGGUACCAAUUUCAGUACCAGGAGAGUCACCAAGGUCCCCAGGAUGAGGUCACUCGUGGUCUUACACGCGCUCGGAAUUUCGCGAAAUGGGAUGAAAUGGUCUGGAGAAAGCAAGAGGCCGGGGAAGAUGAUGUUGAGAAAGAAUACAAAUAGAAUGUAGAGACUUGAUGGGCGUAAGACGUGGAAGUCCCCUUUUGCAGGUAGAUUGUUAUUCAUUCCUUGAUACAGCCGAUGAUGGUAGAAGGCAA